GACAACCUAGGGCCACUUUGGUUUAGAAAUUUGGGAGCAUUAACUUUCUUCAUGCAUAUGUUGAAUUGAACACAUUGCCCUACGACCCAACAGCAAGUCAACAACAAACAUCUGGUUCCGUUUACAGCGUCUGCGCCGACCGCCAAGUCAUGGGAGCCAUAGCCGCCACCAUCUCACUGCACCUCACCUCCCCAACUCGCCGCUCCCUCACAUUCUUCACCGCCUCUCUUCGACCUUCUUCUCCGAUUCUAAAGCUCAACUCUUUCCAUGCAGCUGCCUCGCCGCGAGCUACUAGUCUUCGCGAGUCGGCGGUAUCAUGUUCCAUGAGCGUGGAAUCCGUCGAGAAGGCCUCCCCCGCCUUCUUUCUCGACCGCAUAGAAUCCGGAUUCCUCCACUUCGUCAAGUACCACGGCCUCGGCAACGACUUCAUCCUGGUUGAUAACAGAGAUUCUUCGGAGCCUAAAAUCAGUCCGGAGCGGGCGGCGAAGCUGUGUGAUCGGAACUUUGGGAUUGGCGCCGACGGAGUGAUCUUCGCGCUGCCGGGCAUCAACGGCACUGAUUAUACAAUGAGGAUUUACAAUUCUGAUGGGAGCGAGCCCGAGAUGUGUGGUAAUGGAGUCCGGUGUUUUGCCAGAUUCAUUGCCGAGCUCGAGAAUUUGCAGGGACGGCAUAGCUUUAAGGUACAUACUGGUGCUGGUCUAAUUGUUCCGGAAAUUCAAGAAGAUGGGAAGGUUAAAGUUGAUAUGGGGGAACCAAUUCUUAAGGCUUCAGACGUACCUACAAGACUGCCUGCAAACAAAGAUCAAUCCGUCGUUAAGUUGGGUCUGAAUGUGGAUGGAGUAACCUGGAAUGUAACCUGUGUUAGUAUGGGAAAUCCUCAUUGCAUAACUUUUGGUACAGAAGGAGGCCAGAAUUUGAAGGUUGAUGAAUUGAAGUUGGCUGAAAUUGGCCCCAAGUUUGAGAAUCAUGAGGUGUUUCCGGCACGAACUAACACAGAAUUUGUGCAAGUUUUCACUCGUUCGCACCUAAAGAUGCGUGUUUGGGAGCGUGGAGCAGGAGCAACACUUGCUUGCGGAACUGGAGCUUGUGCUGUAGUGGUUGCCGCAGUUCUUGAGGGUCGUGCUGAGCGAAACUGCACGGUUGAUCUACCGGGGGGGCCAUUGCAGAUUGAGUGGAGAGAGGAGAACAAUCACAUCUACAUGACAGGCCCAGCUGAAGUCGUAUUUUACGGAUCAGUGCCUCUAUGAUUGUUUUCACUACUAUUGUGCUUGUGUGGAGAAUGAAGAUAGAUUUUGUAACUGAAAUUCACCUGAAUUUUGGAGAAUUGCAAGUGAAAGAAACUGUUGGAGACAUAAAAAACAUCAUCUGUAUUUGCCUUAUGAUAGGUGUGCCCCUCCAGUUACAUCGUAUUGUCUUCAUAGUCAAAUACUCUUCAUCUGUGUUUGCCUUAUAAAAUUUGACUUCUAAGUGAU